AAAAAGCAAACCAAAGAGAAGAAAAAAAAACUUUCUUUUGACUCAAGUCUACUUGUUCCUAUUCUAGGCUUCUAGCCAGUAGAAAUAGGAAAAAUCCAUUUUCUUUGUUUACCAUGUUUGUUCCUCUUCUUUCAAUGAAAUGACAACUAAAAUUUUCACUCUUUUGUCUGAUAUCUCAGGUUAAUCCAGAGAUUUUAAGGUGACCCUUAUUGUCAUUUCUCUUGAGGAGUCAUAAAAAUUCAAUCUUUAUCAAAUAUCAGUCAAAACCUAAAGGGUAAAAUAUAUAGAACAGUGCUAAUUUUGGUCAUGGCUCAGCAGGAAGAAGGUUGGCCUUUGGGAUUGCAGCCAUUGAAUUUGAGAAUAGGUUUAGGUAGAAGCAGAAAUGGAUCAACUUCAUUCAACACUUCACUUAGUGACUCUCUUACUUCCUCCACUGAUUCUUCUUCAGAUUUGGACACUGAGUCCACAGGGUCUUUCUUUCAUGAUAGGAGCACAACACUUGGAAGUCUUAUUGGUGUCUCAAGCAUAGUUAAUCUCUCAAGAAGAUCAACAAGAGGGAGACCAAAUGGUGUAAUGACAGAGGUGCAAAAAAACUAUAGGUCUAAAACAACAUGGUGUUUCUCUUUGUGUCCAAGAAACAGUACAGAUGCUGAGCGUACUGUGAUGAUGAUAAGAAAUAGUGACAGUAAUGCUCCAUCACUUGGCCAUUUUCUUGCAGUUGAAAGAAGAGCUGCUAAUGAACAUAAUAGAAGAAGUCCAUUGAUAUAUGGACCUGAUGAGUUUGCUAUGGCAUUGCCUAAUAGGGACCAAAAUUCAUUAUUUGCCAAUGGACAAAUUGCUCCUCCUCAGUUGAGUCCAUGGUCAGGUUCUGAUGAUGUUGAAAAUAGACAGAGGGAUAACAAAGAAUUAGUCCAUGGACAAGGUGCUCCUCUUUUGUUUCCAUGCAUGUGUGGAUGAUAUCUUAAGAGUUUUGAGGCUUUGGUACAACUCUGUUUUGUUUCUAAUUUGUUUUUCUUGAUUCGACGACUAAAGCAGGAUAUUUUUUUCAACCUCCAAGUGAUUUACUUGAUCGUCAAGAA